AGGGUUGGGCUGCCAGCUCUCAGCCAACCCUUCAGAGGAGGCGGCCCCGGCCCCGGGGAGCUGCUGGCUGUCGGAGCUGCAUUCAGUGCUGCUCCGGAUCCUGGGCAGGGAAACAGCGAGCAAAGAGCAGCCCAACCGGGAACCGCCGGUGGCCCUCUCCGUCCCUGGGGCCGUCAAUGGCCCUGACUCAGAGCGCGGUGCAGCUCGGACAGCGUCGUGCUCGGCAACCUCCCUCUGAGCGGCGUGAGUGAAUGAGGGAGCGAUGGGCAACACAGCGCACAAGAGCUUGGCAGACACCAGUCAUCAAGCUCGUCCCGUAUCCCACAGGCCUUAUUACACCCUGCCCAAUGGUAACCACGAGAGGCGAUCUGUCCUCACCAUUACUGAGCCUCCACGAUUCCACUUCCAGGCCAAAGGAAAAAACAUCCGCCUGGAUACCCAUUCUCGGAAGGCCAUCCGAAGGAACAGUUUCUGCAAUGGCAUCACUUUCACUAACCGUCCUAUUCAUCUCUAUGAGAAAGUGCGUCUGAAGCUGGUGUCUGUGCACCAUGGCUGGAGCGGGGCGUUGCGUUUUGGCUUCACAACUCAUGAUCCAUCACAGAUGAGUGCCGGUGACAUUCCAAAAUAUGCCUGUCCAGACCUGGUAACCCGACCAGGCUUCUGGGCUAAAGCUCUGCCAGAGAGGUUUGCACUAAGGGACAAUGUCCUGGCAUUCUGGGUUGAUCGCCAUGGGAGAGUUUUCUAUAGCGUUAAUGAAGAAGAGCCAAUUCUGUUUCACUGCGGCGUCAAAGUCUCCGGUCCUCUCUGGGCGCUAAUAGAUGUGUAUGGAAUCACUCACGAGGUGCAAAUACUAGAUAGCAUAUUUGCGGAGACCAUGACCUCCACCCGUCUGAGCAACGCACGACUCAGCACUUGCCUUCCUCAGAGCAACCACGAUUCGGCCAAUUUUAACAACAAUGAGCUGGAGAACAAUCAAGUGGUUGCCAAAAUUGCAAAUCUGAAUUUGAGCCGCAUGCCUGGGCUGCCCACCGAUAACCAUACAAUCCCCUGCUGUCCAAGCAGGAGGCAGCUGGGCCAAGUUGUGCCUGCCUUUCUAGACACAGAUCUUCAUUUCCACCCUACUCACGGGCCUGAUAUUAACUUUUCUCAGGAUCGUAUGUCUGGCUGCACCAACUGGCAGGAAAGCAACAGGACCUUGGUGUUUUCUGAUCGACCUUUGCACAUCGGCGAAAGCUUGUUUGUGGAAGUGGGACACCUGGGCUUGCCAUGUUAUGGGGCCCUCACCUUUGGUAUCACUUCCUGUGAUCCCGGUACUUUACGGACAAAUGAGCUCCCAGCAGAUCCAGAUUUUCUUCUGGAUCGCAAGGAGUACUGGGUGGUUUGCCGAGGUUUCCCAGUCCUCAACAAUGGUGACAUCCUCAACUUUGUGCUUUUGCCAAAUGGAGAAGUGCAUCAUGGAAUCAACGGGAUAAGCCGUGGGAUGCUGAUGUGUGUUGAUACCUCACAAUCGCUGUGGGUUUUCUUCUCAAUCCAUGGUGUAAUCAAUCAGCUAAAAAUAUUAGGCACCGUACAAUCCAGCCCUGUGACCAUCUCCCCCUCAGGAUCCCCUGGAGGCUCCCAAUAUGACAGCGAUUCGGACAUGGCGUUCAGCGUGAACCGGUCUUCAUCUGCUUCUGAAUCAUCCCUAGUGACUGCUCCAAGUUCUCCUCUGAGUCCUCCAGUGUCUCCUGUGUUCUCACCUCCAGAGCCCUCACGCAUCAAGAACGGGGAAUGCACAGUUUGCUUUGACAACGAGGUGGAUGUGGUGAUCUAUACCUGUGGACACAUGUGCCUGUGCAACACCUGUGGUCUUAAACUGAAGAAACAGCUCAAUGCCUGCUGUCCAAUCUGCCGACGGGUCAUUAAAGACAUUAUCAAAAUCUACCGUCCUUAACCUCACCCACGCCCACCCCUCAGGGCGUGAUUAAUGAGGAGCAGGAUGAAGAAUGUUGUUAGCGAUUGCCACACCUUACUGUCCCUGCUUUAUGGGUAUCGUGCUGGUCAGUGGUUGCUGAGUGACUCUUGUCUGUAUUUCCAUGUUUUGACCAGUAGAAACAAAUCAGGGAAAAUUAAGUGAACUGGGAAACACUCUGUCUUUGUAAGAGGCUGAAAGUACAGCUGCAGAGUGGGAAGAGCUUUUGGAAAGUUGCUGCUCCGAUGAGUAAGGGUGGGGCCCGGGGGAAGAGGAGUCCUAAUACAAUUGCCGUGUUGAUUCCUAAAGAAAACCAAAAAGAUCUUGUGCAUUGUUUUCACUCAAAUAUGCAGCUAACCUAUCCUGAGCGGGAUAAAUGAGAAAGUCACUAGACCAGUUUAAAAUUUGGGAUUCUUUCCUGCUAAGUCUAGGAAUGCUAAAAAUUAGUUUGAUUUAUAAGCCAGUUCAAAUAGAAAAGAUGAGAGUAAAUUUUCAUUUAUUGUUACUUAGGGUUGCAGGAGCAACAGGUCAUGAAUGUUCUGUUACCUAAUUUGCUAAUUUAAAAAUAUUUUUUUCAUAUUAUUCAUAGGUCAAGAUUAUGAAUAGGGAUGAUCUAAUUAAUCAAUUAUUCCCAAUCAAAUGUGUAAGAGCAGCGAUGCUUUCAUAAAUCUAAGUUUAUUAAGUUUUAUUUUUGGUUUUCAACACGGACUACUCAUUUUUUUUUUCUCCAAAUGUAAGAAGUUGUGGCUCAGUUUAUGAAAUCAAGAACAAGGCAUCUUCUGAGAGAGUCUGGCACACACAGAGAGCUAUAAAGGUUCUCUCAGGACUUGAUUUUUCACCUCUGUGUGACUUGAUACUUCCAGUCUUUCUAGUGAGCAAUUACCAAGUGCUUUCUGAUCUGGAGAAUUGUGUGGAAAGCCCCUGCAGGCAGAAGAAGUCAUGUUGUUAGUUUGGUUUUGGCUUAGGAUGUUGUGUGAAUUCAGAUCAUUGGAAUAAGCAACCCAGCCCCGGCUUAUUUUAUGUGAUCCACCAGCUUAUGAUAGAGGCUGUGAAUAGUUAUUAGCCCAGCAUCUGUAAGGUAUAACACAAGAAGGUAUCCUUUUAAUUAAGUUACAGAAAAAAAGUGGCUAAUGGAUUAUUUAGAAUUUCAAGCUUCCAGUGUUUUCUUAUUUAUGAUUUAUAAAUACAGUUGAUUGAUACCUUCCUUCAUUUCUUUCCAGAGGUUUUGUCAACAAAGUACGUAGCAAAGUCCAACUCAUAUCUUCCACUCCAGGAAAUGGUCUGCUGUUCCACAAUGGAGGCAUCUUACUGAAAUUGAAAAGCUUUUCAUUUGGCACUGUUUGCGGGAAAAGGAAUUUUCAAGCUAUUAUUAGACCUGCACUUAAAAGAUAAAUAAAAUUUGGUUAUAGCAUUAGUGCUGAAUUACAACCUGAAUGAUAUGUGAAGGAGAGUCAGGGAAUUACUAAAUUAGGCCCAGAUGUGGAUUCUUUUUUCUAAGAGAGCAAUCCUGUGCUGUUCUGGAGGGCUUCAGUAUUCAAUGGUCUUUGGAAAUUUAAAUUUCCAAUGAGUUAACCAGAGCCUGUUUGAUAGUGGUUAAAAUACAGGUAGUCCUCGACUUGUAGCAGUUCAUUUAGUGACCAUUUGAACUUACAAUGGCACUGAAAAAAGUCACUAAUGACCAUUUUUCACACUUAUGACCGUUGCACCAUCUCCAUAGU